AUGCACAUCUCUUUUGGCUGGAGCAGCUGGUCCAUUCAGAGCGAGUGGAGUCGCCCAGAGGAAGCGACACAAUUUCCUUCCCUUCAUCUAUUAAAAUAUUCCGAUUUUAAUAAGGCAUUUAAAUAAAACUAUAAGUAUGUCAUAUAAUCGUAUGGAAACGCCUAAGGACCUAAGCGAAAUGCAAAGGCCCAUAAAUAAUGGAGAGCGAUAUCCACCAAUACCCUUACCACCGCCGCCGUCUCUGGGAACGGAGAGUAAGCAAGGAAUGCAUAUAAACCCAUCGACAUAUUUGGAUUCUGCACCGAUUAUAAUAAACAAUUCAACGGUGUUGGUGGUGGAGGGACAGGACGAGAGUCUCGAUACAAAGAACCUAAUCUUCAAUGACCAAACUAUAAGAAAGGGCUUCAUACGUAAAGUGUACUUAAUACUGUUGACCCAGCUGCUCUUCACCUGUGGUGUUAUCUGCAUUUUCAUGUACCAUGGGCCAACCAAACUAUUUGUGCGCAACAACCCAAUUGUGGUGAUGGUGGCUAUGGUCGUGAAUCUAGUCGUUCUCAUCUCGAUGGCUUGCUGUGAGACGACUCGACGACAUUUUCCUGUAAAUUUUAUAUGCCUGGGCCUGUUCACGGUGACCAUGUCCCUGAUGCUCGGUGGCGUAGCUAGUUUUAUGGACGCGAAUCUUGUGCUCAUAGCUGUGGGCAUCACGGCUUUGCUGGUGGCUGCCCUGUCCAUAUUUGCCAUUCAAACGAAAUACGAUUUCACAGCCAUGGGCGGCGUUCUAAUCGCAAUUGUUAUAAGCCUCCUGAUUCUGGCCUUUGCCGGCGCAUUUCUACGUCAAACUUUCGGAGAGACAGCGUUUGCCUGCCUAGGCGCACUCUUCGGCAGCUUUAUGCUAAUCUAUGACACUCAACUGAUUAUUGGGGGCACGCAUAAAUAUCAAUUCAAUCCAGAGGACUAUAUAUUUGCUGCAUUAACUUUGUAUAUCGAUGUGGUACGCAUCUUUUUGUAUAUCCUGCGUUUCAUGGCUAGGAAGUAAGUCCUUAUGAUAUUUGGCUAUUAGGCUAAAUUCAACUACUAUGAUCGAUAUUAUACAACUGAAUGUAUAUCUAUGUGAAUUUAUUAUUAAUUGUAUACUAAAGAAAGGUGUAGUGCCAUAAUUUAAGGGCCAUCAAAUGGCAUUUAAAUUACCAACCAAAAUGUUUAAUCAA